CUCCUCCGGGCUGCUGGCGAACUUCACUUCCACGCUGCCUCCCACUAGUAUUUAGUUAGUGUUGGGCUGGAUAGGAGAGGAGAGAGAAGACAUGGCUUUCUAUCGAGGAGCGUUUCUGUUUCUGCUUGUUUGCUUGUUGAACCACAGCGUGUGGGGCAAAGUGGAACUGACUAUGAAUGACAACCUGGAGGUGUACCUUGGUGACUCGGCAGAGAUCCCCUGUCAUUACAGCUUCUAUGGUUUGGAUGAAGAGCCCAGCUUCGUCAUGAUUCAGUGGUUUGUGAGAGCUGCAGGAAGUGGUCCACGGAUGCGGAUCUUCUACAGUGAUGACAGUGAGCAAAUAGUCGACAACAACACAGACUACAGCGGACGCAUCGAAGUGACUUCAGACCAGAAAGGAACCACACUCUUAAUUCAAAACGUCCAGCUUUCCGACGAGAAGGAGUUCUUCUGCCAGGUUAACGGGUUGGCUGCUGGGUAUGCUGAGCGAAAGACUCAGCUCAGAGUUUUCGCUCCUCCUGAAGCUCCAGUCAUUGAAGGCGUCACUACUGGAGUUUCUGUGAGCAACAUCAUACCAUCUAAGGUGGCAUCAUGUGAGGCUCGAAAUGGUUAUCCUAAACCCAACAUCACCUGGUAUAAGGACAACGAGCCACUGACGCCGACAGCAGGACAGGUUAACGUGAUCACCUUGGUGACCCGGGAGUCCACAGGUUUCUACUCUGUUCAGAGCACCCUGGAGUACAAGCUGGCCAAGCAGGACAAGGACUCCCGUUUCUUCUGUGAGGUCAGCUUUUCCGUCCCGGGAGACAUCAGAGUGAUGGAGUCCCACCGAAUCAACGUCACCGUUCACUACCCCACCACCAUGGUGGAGCUGUGGAAGGAGUCGCCCAAGGGCUUGGUCAAAGAGGGGGAUACAGUGGAGCUACGUUGCCAGGGUGAUGGCAACCCCCCGCCGCUCUUCAUUUUCAGCAAGGAACAAGAGCCAGAUGUGGUGUUGGAGAGCAGAGGUGAUGUGUUGAUGCUGCCCACUGUGUCUCGGAAAGACAGCGGCAUCUACCAGUGUCGGCCGCUGGACUCCGUUGGACAAGCUGUGAAAGGAGAGGUCCAGCUCACUGUGCAUUACUUGGACCCAGCAGUUGUGAUUCCUAAAGACUCAGAGGUUAUGCUCACAGGGGAAGAUCUGGUAGCAUCCUGCAACGCCCUGUCCUCCCUGAAAACCGUAACAGUCUGGUACAAGGACGGAGAGGUUGUGGGUCAUGGUAACACGCUGCACCUGGACGACGCCACCUUUGAAACUAGUGGGGAGUACGUUUGCAGCGUGAUUGUUCCCUCCCUGCCCUCCCUGAACACCAGUGGCUCAGUUCACAUCAUCGUCCAAGGUGGUCCUCAGGUGGUGGGAGUAGAGGAGGAGGUCCAGCUGGCGGAAGUGGCAGGCAGGACGGUGAACCUGAGCUGUGAGGCUCAUGGACAUCCUCCACCUAGGAUCUCCUGGAGCAUCAUCGGCAGCCAGCACUGGGACGAAGUGAUGAGCAAAUCAAACGACCACAUGACUCACAGCACAGUGUCCGUCAAGGUCAGCUCGGACGUCAGCGCUGUCUGUAACGCGUCCAACGACAUGGGAACUGAAGUCAAGGUUUUCAGCAUCAAAGCCAUUCCCAGGGUCACCCGCACAGCUCCCUUCUCUCCUGUGGAAGGCAGUGGGGUGAUCAUAGUGGUGAUCAUUCUGUGUUUGCUGCUGCUCGCCAUCCUGGGAAGUGUUCUCUACUUCCUGCAUAAGAAGGGAAAGAUCCCCUGUGGACGUUCAGGCAAACAGGAGAUCACCAAAGAGAAGCACACCAAAGACGACAUCGUAGUGGAGAUGAAGAACAACCCAAAGACUGAGGAUGCCGUGCUGCUAAAGGCUGUGAACGGAGAGAAAAAGGGUCCUAAUGAGCAGGUAACUGUCGUAUAAAACUCCUGAAGGUUCUGCGGCGCUGAACGGUCACCUGAAGCAGCAUUCAGAACGCGUCGGAGUCAGAGAGGCUCAGGACGCUCCCACCGACCUGAGAUCUGCAGACUGCCGCCGCCUCGUCGGAGUCUGGAUGCCCCCCCCCCUCCCCAUCAUUCUCCGUUCUCAGCAGCAGGAAAAACAUUCACUGACACACAUCAACCACACCUUCCCCCCUGGUGUCAAUGUAGAGAUUCGUGUUUUCAGCCUUCAGUUCUCGCAUUAGUUUUCAGCCCAUUGCUGUCGUUUAGUGUUUGUGCGACAUCCUUCCUUUUUUAUGAAAGUGUAUAUAUUAUAUAUAUUUUGUUAUUUAAGAUAUUUUGGCUCAGAUUUCCAUUUCACAGCAUCCUCUGGCUCAUGUGCAUGUUUUUAUUUUUGUGAGAUGUGACGCAGGACAUGAUGUUGGAGACCAAACGGUAGUUCUGACAGGUUUUAGUUUGUGUAGAAAGUCGUGUUACAUUUGACCAAAACAGAUUUUUUUUAUGUCUAGUUUGCUCUGCAGGGUCACCAGACACAUUGACAGACCUCUUUUCCAAACUACUGUCAUGUUCUUGUACGGUUUGUAAAUAUGCUUAGGUUAGAGACCAGCUAGAAGAAGUCUGAGAGACCGAGGCUUCAGAAAGGUCAAAGGUAGAUAUUUGUUGUGCCUGUUUUUUUAUUUCUUUUUUACAUCAAACACUGAAUUAAUUUUUUUUUUACAUGUUUUUCUUUGCGUUGCCGCUAAGAGGUAAAGGCCUGAAGGUCCCACGUGUUUUUGCAUGCUUCAUACAGUCACAGCAGCGUUUAGGUGAACAUUGCUCUUAUUUUUUAAACUUUAUUUGAUGUUAACAUGCAGAGAAAUCACUGUGAUAAAAACCCGGCAAGGAUUAUGGCUUACUUUAUAGUAAGUACCUUAAAGCAGGGUUUUAGUUUCCGUUUUCUACCUGAAAAAGUGAAUAAAUGCAAAUAUCAAAACAUUUCCAAAAUAAAUCAAUGUUUCUAAACAGUAAUUUAAUUUUAAUUUCAUUUCAAUUUAGAAACUGUAGAAUACAGCUUACCGUACAUUUACAAAUCCACAAAUUGGAAAACUCCAAAAAACAUAGAAAAUUCAUUCUAUUCAUAUUGAAUUUUCAAGCAUGUAAAAUUUCUGCAUUUAAAUUCAAUAAAAAUAGGUUGAAAAAAAAUUAUGUUCUGUUUUUCUUUUAAGAAAAUUUUUUAUUUUAGUUUGCAUAUUUUCUUUCUGGUUUUUAUAGUUUUCUAAACUUAAAUUACAUUUAAAACAGAGUCGCAACUGACCACUUUUGAUACAUUUAAGUCAGGCAUGCAAUUUGAACAUGAAAAAGAAACAUUAAAAAAAGAAAAUUAACACUUUUUUUUUCCAGAAUCCUCCAAUAAUUUACCAACAGAGAUCAAACUUUUUCAUUUUGCAUAUUUUAUAAAGUAAGCAAGAAAAGAUAUUCCAAUUCCACCUUGGAAAAUAAGUAAAAAAUCUUUAUCUUCAUAAACAAAAUGUAUCGUUCAGGUUUGUUCUCUUUAUUUUCGGCUGAUCAGCUUCAUGUUUCAAGGAAGCGGCUGCAGCUGAGAGUCAGAUGUAAUUAUAGUGGAUGGAGCCACAAACUGGAGCUUAAUCUAAACCAGGCUGAGAAAACAUGCAAAAAAUACUGCUGGGUUCCUAUAAAGGCCAGUGUUGUGAACUUUCUCCCUUUGCAUUUUAUUUUGAAAGGGUAUUUUUUGUUUUUAUUACCAAGAGUGCUACACUGCCCUGGUGACUUGCAAUGUUUGAAUAAGUCGUGAAAUAUUAUCAUUUCAUCUUUUUUGUUCUGCUGAAUGACAGGAAUGUUGAGUUAAACACUAAUUUCUGAUUGGACUCUUAAAUCGAAAUCUGUUGCUCAGCGGUGAGAAAACGGUUGAAAUGGAUCUUUAUGAUAAUUUUAUAUUUUCCACGUGUUUAAAUCAAUCAGUAUCUGCGAGUCUGAUGCUUUUUUGUUGUUUUUGUUUGGUUUUUUUUACAAGAAAAUGAUGCCAAAUAAAGGUUUGUUUGAAAGAAA